AUGAACGACACCAUAAAAUCUAGUACAGACGUGGACCCUAUAACUAGAAUUAAUAUUUUCGAUUUUGAUGGUACGCUUUUCGCGUCACCACAACCAAAUCACGAACUGUGGGAGGACCCAUUAUUUGGAUACCUUAAAAGUGAUUCUAUGAUUUUCAAAGGUUGGUAUCAACAUAGAAAAUCAUUAAUUUUUGAUGAAUCAGUAAGACGACGAAGGUGGAAAGGGUGGUGGAAUGAUGAGAUGGUGGAUCUCGUUCGUGAUUCAGUAAAACAUCCAAAUUCAUUAACAGUAUUACUUACCGGACGCGGCUAUUCAGAAUUUAAUCAUAUCAUCAUGGAUAUGGUAGAACGAAAAGGUUUAAAAUUCGAUGUGAUGGGAUUAAAACCAGAUCAAAAUACUAUUGAAUGGAAUUUGUGUUAUAAGUCAUCAAUUAUUCAAAAAGUGGGUGAUAGGAAAUACGAAGAACUCAUCCGUAACGAAACAAUAUUGUUUAAAGCUGAUAUGACAGAAGACCUAGAAGAACCAAAUAAUAGUAGUCGUUCUUCCCGCAAAAAGAACAUUAUAAAUAGGGUUACUACGAAGGAAUUUAAACUCAUAUUUAUAAGGGAUUUGCUUCAGCAUCAUCCUUCUGCUAAAUCAAUUCGUUUAUGGGAUGAUCGAGCACAUCACGUAAAAUGCUUUCAAUCAUUUUUUGAUGAUUUAAUAUUGCGUGGAAAAGUUCAAAAAGCAAUCGCAAAUACGGUAUUUCUUCCUAUUCGUUAUUUUGAUCCUUAUUACGAAUAUCUCGUUGUACAGGCAAUGGUAGAUGAUCAUAAUAAAGAAGUUGAAAGAUUUUCAAGAAUGCAAGCUAAUGAAUCAUCUCGAAAGUUUUCUUUAGGGAAAAUUCAAUUAGUGCAGAGACAAUAUUAUCUUAAUGGGUACAUUUUCACAAAAUUUGCAAUUGUGAACUUAUGA